AUGCCUUCCUUUCUCAGCAAAAUCACCAAGGGUAUGAACUGCUUGAGUACCUCAGGCGAUGCUUCUCACUCAGAAACAACAGGUUCGUCCUCAAAGCCACAUCCACAGCCAAUCCGGAAAACACACGAUGAUGAGGGACCGAGACCGAAAGGCUCAGACGACUCGCUGUCUUCUUCUGACAGUCAAAAGUCAAAUUAUGUCCUCGAAGUUCUUCGGAAAUUUAACAUCAAGCACAUUAAUACUGUCAACGAUCUUGUCAUGGAAGGCGUUGAAGGCAAACCCUUGGACGACAAGACCUACCUGAUGGAACGCAUCAUACAGCUCGCGGCGGACUUACCUGUUGAAAGUCGGACGAGUGCUACACUGACGAAUGCCUUUCUAAACCAAUUGUGGACCGACUUGCAACAUCCACCUCAGUCUUACCUUGGGACCGAGUUCGUCUACCGCAAGGCUGACGGCUCCAACAACAACAUCCUGUGGCCUCGUCUGGGCGCUGCUGGACAGCCAUAUGCCCGUACUGUCCGUCCCAGGAUGAUUCAGCCAGUUGCAAAACCGGAUCCUGGUCUCAUCUUCGAUAGCCUGCUAGCACGAAAGACGUUCAAACCACAUCCUAACAAAAUAUCCAGUGUGCUCUUCUACCUUGCAUCCAUCAUCAUUCACGACAUCUUUCAUACCAGUCACCAAGACUUCAGCAUUUCCGAGACCUCUGCCGUCGUCCAUGCUGCCGUCGUCCAUGUCGGCAUCGCGAGAGCUCUCAUGUUCAUUACUCGCAUGGUCCUCAUCCACGUUGUCAUCAUCCGAGCUGUCAUUCUCACCGAUCGUGUGGUCCUCGUCCGUGUUGUGCUCUUCGGUCAUAUUGUGCUUGUCAUUAGACAUCUAUGA